CCUAGGCCUUCUUCUGCUUCGUUCUUUCUAUCUAGUCCACAGACAGAGCCAGUGAGCCACUCGGUGCUCGUUCUUCUUUCAUGGCGUUUCCAGUUUCAAAACCCUCUUAAAUGCCAAUAUUACCCUCGUCGUAAUCCCUAAUUUACCACUUGUGGACUGUCUCCUAUGCCUUCUCUGCUUCACAAUUCCUGCGCCACUGACCUCCAGCCCUCCACAAGGUUCAUGGACGUCUCCGAGGCUAGGCCUUGGCUGCACCACUUUCGUCUUCUCAAUCCACGCAUUUCCUCCUGCCUUUUUGGCCCCGAGAGGUUCUUAUCUCCGUACAUAUGCCGUCAUAUGCCUUUUGGAAAUGUAUACAGAUUUGCACUUUCUAAUGGGACUUCUACCUCUCUGUUAAACCCUGUAAAGUCUAUGAAAAAAGGCCAUUCAAACACUACUUCUAGAGGAUUAUGUGAGGUAGUUUGGACAGUGGAAGCUGAUUUGGCAGCUGGUCAGCUUCUCUACGUAACUGGGGAUCCUAUUUCAUUAGGUGGUUGGCAGCCAGACAUGGCUAUUCAGAUGUGUGCUACUGAACAGGCAAAGUUGUGGAAAACUGAGGUCAAGAUCCCUUCAGGUGUGAACUUUAAGUAUAAUUAUUUCAUCAGAGAAGAAACAUGGGCUUCAGGUGACAUCAUAUGGCGACCUGGACCUGAAUUUUCUUUAUCAGUACCUGUGAAUGUCAAACAAGAUAGCAAAGUUAAUGUGAGGGAUUCGUGGUUGAAGUUUAAUACUGAAAGAUCUCCACCUCAUGUAUGGGGAUCAUGGAUAGAGGAGAAGUAUUUACCAGUCCAACCUUUAGUCCCUGCUCAAGACAGAGAUCAACAUGAGGUUGUGAACCACUGUGAAGUUGAUUUAAAAGAAUCAGAGGUAUUUGUGAAUGAUCUCCAAGUCAAGGAUAAAUUACACUUGAAUAAUAAGCAGACAAAUACUUUCAUAAAUGAUGGUCCAAAUUUGAUUUUCUCUGAAAGAGACCAACCUGUUGAGGAACCCUGGUUACUCCAUUCAUCAAUUAUCGUUCUUGUCUCUAAGGAUAAGAUCAUGCCCAUGUCCAAAAAUAAUGGCACUGUCGAAAAUGGUGCAAUAAAUGUGGAUGUGAAUAGUCAGCAUCUCCAAGACAAGGAUACAUUGUUGCCUAUAGAUGGGAAUGAUCUUAAUUUGAAGGAUGAUUCUGUUUCUACAAUCAUUUUGAUUAAUUCUUCAAUAUGUACCAUGCAACGGAUUGCUAUAUUGGAAGAUGGGAAAUUGGUUGAAUUGCUACUGGAACCCGUUAAAACCAAUGUACAGUGUGAUAGUGUGUAUCUAGGGGUAGUUACCAAAUUUGUCCCCCAUAUGGGUGGUGCAUUUGUAAACAUUGGGCAUUCAAGACCUUCUCUUAUGGAUAUAAAGCAAAACAGGGAGCCAUUCAUAUUCCCCCCAUUCCGUCAGAGGAGGAAGAAAGGAAACAUCAAUGGUUCUGGGGUUGAAGCCCUUGGAGAGCAUCCAUUUGCUGAUGAAAAUGAACAUACAUCAAAUGAUGUUGAAGGCAUUGAUGAUGUUACAGAAUUCAUCUCCCAGGAAGACUUGGUACCAUAUGCACAUGAUGACCAUGAAGAGCAUGAAGUUGAUGAAGAUUUUGAUAUUUCAGACAUCAAGGAAAAUGGGAAUGGCAGUGUAAUUAGUUAUGGUGAAGCAGAUACUCAUUUUGAGCAUUUCUUGGAUGGAAGAGAGAACAACCUGAAAGGUGAAACUAUGAACAGGUUUCAUCCAUUUGGAACAGAAAGGUCUAAUGAUCCUUUAAUGCCUCGUCCACAAGAUAUGAAGGAUUCCGAACAUCUAUUGGCUAGUGAAAACAAGUGGUUUCAAGUUCGUAAGGGCACUAAAAUUAUUGUACAAGUUGUCAAAGAAGGAUUGGGUACAAAAGGUCCUACUCUAACUGCUUACCCAAAAUUGCGAAGCAGAUUCUGGAUAUUGAUGACUCGUUGCGAUAAAGUUGGUAUCUCAAAAAAAAUAUCUGGUGUUGAGCGUACACGCCUGAAAGUCAUAGCCAAGACUUUGCAGCCUCCUGGUUUUGGUCUCACUGUGAGGACAGUUGCUGCUGGUCAUUCUUUAGAGGACUUGCAGAAAGACUUAGAAGGUUUACUUUCAACAUGGAAAAGUAUAAUGGAACAUGCAAAAUCUGCUGCUCUCGCUGCUGAUGAAGGUGUAGAAGGGGCCAUUCCUGUUAUACUUCACAGGGCAAUGGGUCAAACUCUGUCAGUUGUUCAGGAUUAUUUUAGUGAGAAGGCAAAGAAAAUGGUGGUUGACUCCCCAAGGACAUAUCAUGAGGUUACAAACUAUCUUCAGGAAAUUGCUCCUGAUCUUUGCAAUCGAGUUGAAUUGUAUGAUAAAAGAAUUCCUCUUUUUGAUGAAUUCAAAAUUGAAGAAGAGAUAAAUAAUAUCCUUAGCAAAAGGGUUCCAAUCCCCAAGGGAGGUUCUCUGGUAAUUGAACAAACAGAGGCACUAGUCUCUAUUGAUGUAAAUGGGGGACAUGUAAUGUUUGGACAAGGAACUUCACAAGAAAAAGCUGCUCUGGAUGUAAACCUUGCAGCCGCAAAACAGAUUGCAAGGGAGUUGCGGCUGAGAGACAUUGGUGGUAUAAUUGUUGUGGACUUUAUAGAUAUGGCUGAUGAGUCAAAUAAGAGAUUAGUAUACGAGGAAAUGAAGAAAGCUGUUGAGAAAGACCGAUCAACGGUGAAGGUUUCUGAAUUGUCAAAGCAUGGACUUAUGGAAAUGACCAGAAAGAGGGUUAGACCUAGUGUUACUUUUAAGAUUAGCGAACCUUGCAGUUGCUGUCAUGCUACUGGGAGAGUUGAAGCUUUAGAGACCUCCUUUUCAAAGAUUGAACAAGAAAUUUGCCGUUUGCUUGCAAUGAUGGACCAGAAGGCAGACCCUGAAAAACCCAAGACCUGGCCAAGAUUUGUUUUGAGGGUUGAUCAUCACAUGUGUAACUACUUAACUUCUGGGAAAAGGACAAGACUUGCAAUCCUGAGUAGUUCUCUCAAAGUAUGGAUUUUUUUGAAGGUUGCUAGAGGUUUCACUAGGGGGGAAUUUGAGGUGAAGCCAUUUACAGAUGACCAGGCAAAUGAAAAUCAACAUCAGGUUGCAAUAUCAGUACUAAGACGAGCAGAGACAAGAACUUCUGGCAAAAAAGUAACACUUGUUCCUGUCAAAGGGGGUAAAUCUGGUGGGAAAUGAAUUGACAUCACUACUUACAUUUUUGUAUAAUCCUGCAACCUGCUUUUUUAUUUUCAUUUAUAUCCUUUUCAUUCAUUUUUUUUAUUUUUGUAUCUAUACUGGGUGAGAAAGGACAGUCUAUUUCUGGUUCAGAUGAUGUCCUGUUUACUUGAAACUAGUUGGUUCCCAACUUUCUAUUGUAAUACUGAGCAUUAACUAAUGCUUGCAGCUAACAUUUUUGUCAUGCAAUGUUAAUUGUAGCAAUUUUAGAAGAA